GUGUUAUUAGUCAUUCAUGACUCAAAUUAUUAUAGGUAGAGAAUUCCUUAGGAGAGCGAAUAUGAAAAUAUUAAAGUAUGAUAGUAGAUUAGUAGGGGGUCCAUUACGAUAGAAAAAAUUAGUAAAAUAUUGUGAAAGAUUUCAAAAAAAAAAAACAAGUUAUAAAAUACGACUACAAAAGAAAAGUGAAGCAAGUAAUAAAAUCUGAAAGGAGUAUUAUGUAACAAAAAAAAAAAAACCAAAAGAGCCCACAAAAUAUUAAGAAAAACAAAAUAAAUAAAGAAAUCCACCUAAGAUACAUGCCAGAUCAACAAGCAAAUAGUCAUCAAAGCCUGUUAUAAAACCCCACCUCUUCUUCUCUUUUCUUGAAUCAAAAAAAUUAACAGAGCAAAAUAGUAAGUUAUUGAAGGGGAAACAACCAUUCCCUUUCCCCUUCAUCAAAUCCCCCAAACAUUCUUAAACUCCCUUCUUUUCAAUUCCCUCCUCCAAACCAAACCCAAAAUGGUGAAUCUGAUUCCCAAGUCCCCAGAAAAUGAACUGACAAAUGAUCAGUUACUAGAGGAAACAAACAGGGUAUUAGGGAAAGGGAAUGGGAAAAAACAGGGGAAAAGGUUUGCAGUAUUACUUUGUGCAGAUGAUUCAGAGUAUGUAAAGAAGAAAUACGGAGGGUAUUUUGGGGUUUUCGUAAGAACGUUAGGGGAAGAAGGAGAAAGCUGGGAUGUUUACAGAGUAGCAGAAAAUGAAUUCCCUAAAGAAGAGGAAUUAGGAAUGUAUGAUGGUUUUGUUAUUACUGGAAGUUGUAGUGAUGCUCAUUCUAAUGAUGUUUGGAUCUGUAAACUCGUUAAUCUACUCAGGAAUCUGGACUCUUUGAAGAAGAAGGUUCUUGGCAUCUGCUUUGGUCAUCAGAUAUUGGGCCGAGCAUUGGGAGGGAAGAUUGGGCGGGCUAGUUCGGGCUGGGACAUUGGGCUUAGGACAAUUAAUCUCUCAUCUUCAUCAAAUAAAUUCAUCUCAACUCUCAAAAUUCCUUCUACGCUCAACAUAAUCGAAUGCCACCAAGAUGAGGUGUUAGAACUUCCUCCCAAAGUUGAAGUGAUAGGUCGGUCCAACAAAACUUCGGUUGAGAUGUUUAGAUAUGGUGACCAUAUGAUGGGCAUUCAAGGUCAUCCCGAGUACAACACGGACAUUCUUCUACACCUAAUCGAUCGCCUUCUACAAAAGAAUUUUAUUGUGGAUGCUUAUGCUAAUGAGCUGAGGGCUAAGUUUAUGGAGUCGCGUGAUCCGGACAAGGAAGCAUGGAGAAAGCUUUGUGUCAAUUUUCUUAAGGGAAGAUUGUGAUGGUAAUUAAGCCAUGAUUAAGGCUCUACAUUCAUGUAGUAGCAAAAUUAAAUAAAUUAGUGAGGGAAGAUCAAAUUUGUAGAUGUAUAUAUUUGGUGUUAUGAACUACGUACUUAUUUGAUUACUACUUGUAACAAGUAUGAAUUAGUUUCGAGGAACCAUUAGGUAUUGCAUGUUAUUUAGGGAGUUUUAAUUUCUAUGAUUCAUGAGUGUAAAAUCAAAAUUGUUUUGAAAAACUUCUUGCCUAUGAAAUUUCACUCUUAGC